AUGCCCAACAUGAACAGCAGGAUCGUCUUCUACGAGGACAGGAACUUCAUGGGCCGCUCCCAUGAGUGCAGCACCGACUGCCCUGACAUGUCCUCCUUCCUGAGCCGCUGCCAGUCCUGCAAGGUUGAGGGUGGCUGCUUCAUGCUGUAUGACCGCCCCAACUACAUGGGAAACCAGUACUUCAUGAGGAAGGGAGAGUACGCUGACUACCACAUGAUGGGAAUGGCCAAUGGUAUGAGGUCCUGCCGCAUGAUCCCUAUGCACAGGGGAUCUUACAGGAUGAAGAUCUACGAGAGAGAGAGCUUCGGCGGUCAGAGCCACGAGAUCAUGGAGGACUGUGACAACAUCAUGGAUCGUUACCACAUGUCCAGCUGUAUGUCCUGCAACAUCCAGGACGGCCACUGGCUCAUGUAUGAGAUGCCCCACUUCAGAGGCAGGAUGAUGUUCAUGAGGCCUGGAGAGUACAGGCACUUCAGCAUGGGUAUGGGAAGCAUGGGUGGCAUGGGCGGCAUGGGUGGCAUGAGGUUCCAGAGCAUGAGGCGUAUCAACGAGUCCUGGUACUAG